UAUUUUUUUCAUUUACAACUAUUAUCAAACACUUGGAGUACACUAUUGUUUCUUUUAAGGAAACAGUUGUAAUCUUAAAUCUUAGUUCCUCUCUGAUCUACCGAAUCAACAGAUCAAUCAGGGAGAUGAUUAACUUGGAAGCAGCAUUGAUGAAGAGAAAAUUAUCCGAUCUGAGCGGCGGCAGUAGCAGCAGCAGCAGCAGAAAUGUUUACAGAAGAGAGCCGGGAUGUUUCUUUGACGGCCCAUACCAGUCAAGAGGUUUUUGUUCUGUCCAAAAGAUUUGAGGUUUGAUGAUUGUCAUGGUCAUGAAUCAUUGGACAAUGAUGCUAUUGUCACUAGUAAUAACGUGGCUCUUGAUGAGAAACCAGUAUCAAUGCUUGAACCUGUUAAUGGUUUGGUGUGUUUUGUCAAGGGUGGUAGUGCUGUUAUGGAGCACUGUUCUGUUCAGAUUCACAAUCCUAGCACCCGAGACAAGACACCAUGGAUCGAUACCUUAACAAAUGCAGCAUUCAGGAAACUCUUUGGUGUUAAACUAGUUAAAGGCUGCCGGAGAGAUCGUUUGAAAAGUUCUUAUGAAUACAUGUUUGGGUUUGGAGUCGAUCCGGUUACUAAUAAACACAAGGUGUUUUGUAUGAUUGAGAUUACUGUAACGCGCAGAAUUGAAGAAAUUGUUAGUCGUGAAUUGGUUUGUGGGGUUUUUACACUGGGUGAGAAUACAUGGAGAAAGAUUGAACAAGUUCCACCCGAGACUACAAUUAAGAAAAAUUCCGUUCAUGUGGGUGGUUCGACAUAUUGGAUCUCUGGCAAGAAGCCACGAUGUGAGAAUGGCGUUAUAAUGGCAUUUGAUCUUGGAAGUGAGACAUUUAGAUCGAUAACAAUCCCAAACCCCGUCCUUGAUCACUGGGGUUCAAUUGAAAGGCUUCAAUUAGUUCAUGAAUUGGCUGAAGUGGACGGACGUUUAUGUGUAUUGGUUCGAGAAGGAGAUGAUAUUCUUAACCUAUGGAUUCAUACCAUUGACAACGGCGGCAGUGAUACCAAUAAAAAUUGGACUGAAGAAACAUUACAACUGCCUUGUCACUGGGAUAAAAUACAUAAUUUAGCAUUCAAAGCCAUUACUGGUACAAGCCUGGUAGUCUUAAAGUUCUUAAAGGAAGAACGUUAUGCUCACCAGUUUCGUUGUGAAGUUCUUCAGUAUUAUGAUCGAAGUGAAAAGAAAUUUUACAAAAAUUCGUUUGAGAUUUUAUUGGAUCCUACUGGUACUACUGGUGGCACCUACUCUAUUACACCUUUCUUCGAGACUUUAUUACCUGUCUAGAUGAUUCAGCAUGGUGAAGAAAACAUCAAGGACAAGCUCAUUGAGAUCCAUCGCCUAAUUUUAAGCCGAAGCAAGGGACUACUUGAAACCUCUUGACCCAGUUGUUCUCGAGUUAAACACUUAAGGUGAGAGAUGUUUUCUUUCCAUCUUAGUUUCUAUUGUUCUUUUUCUUCUAUGUUUCUUUCUUCAGGAAGUUUUAGCUUUAUGCCCCCUCCAGUUCCUGUUUCGCUUUUUCUUUUAUUAAUAAAUACUCUUAGUGAGUUUAGCUUAAUAUCCAUUGCCUUAUUUAUUCAGUGCAAAGCUAUUGGUAGAACAACAAUGUUAUUUUCUAUUAAUGCUCAGAACAUUU